AUGGAGAAAACUGACAUCGAACCGCGGGUCGUGGAAGCUCGCUCUUCUACUGAUUUUGACCCGGAGCUGGAGAAGAAGCUGCUGCGAAAGUUGGAUUGGCGAGUGAUCCCGGCGCUAUGGUUUCUUUUCCUGAUCUCUUUCAUGGAUCGGUCGAACAUCGGAAAUGCAAAGAUCGCAGGAAUGACGAAGGAAUUAAAUCUGGUUGGAAAUCAGUACAAUUUGGCGGUUACCAUGUUCACGGUCGCCUACGUCAUCUUUGGAAUGCCGGCAAACCUGCUGGUCAAGAAGUUCGGUCCUAAGAUGCUGGUGUUGUAUAUGUUUACCUGGGGGCUAUUCGUCAUGGGACAGGGUCUGACGAAGAACGCCACCGGAUUGAUCGCAUGCCGUUUCUUCAUGGGAAUGUGUGAGGCUGGGUUUGUUCCUGGCUGCGCAUACUUGAUCGGGAGUUACUACAAACGGGACGAGUUCCUUCGGCGAUAUGCGAUUUUCUUCAGUGCCAACAUGGCGGCUGGUGCUUUCAACGGACUCUUCUCGAGUCUUUUGACUGGUCUGAACAUGAGCGGAUACGCUGGUUGGAGAUGGUUGUUUCUUCUCGAGGCCAUCAUCACCAUGGGUGUCAGUAUUGUCUGCUACUGGAUCGUGGUGCCAUUCCCCGAAGAUGCGACCUUCUUGACUGCCGAUGAGAAAGCCCUGCUAUUGGCUCGUCUCGAGGCCGACGGUGGUGGUGUUCGCACAGAUCCUAUCUCCUUCAAGCGUGUCAUUAGUAUGGCCGGAGAUUGGAAAAUUUGGAUUUGUGUCUUGGCCUACAUGGGCGCCGAAGAAAGCGCCAGCUCCCUCGUCGCGUUUCAACCCACAAUUCUCAAAGACCUCGGCUGGACCAGCCGCUCGGCCCAGGUCCACAGCAUUCCCGUCUACGCCGUCGCCUUUGUUCUGACCCUUUCCUGCGCCUGGCUCAGUGACCAUCUCCGCCACCGUUAUUUGUUCACCAUGUUCGGCGCAGCCCUGAUCAUCAUCGGAUGGAGCGUGGAGCUGGCGCAAGUGCAGCCCGCAGCCGUUCGGUACAUGGGAAUUUUCUUCGUGGCGUCCGGAGCGUUCAUCAUGAUGUCGAAUACGGUGGUCUGGCUGUGCAUCAACCUUGGCAAAGGCGUGAAACGGAGUGUCGGAAUGGGUAUUCUGCCAGCAUUUGGCAACUGCGGUGCCUUUGUGUCUGGCAACGUUUUCAUUACGAGUCAGUCUCCCAGAUACCCUGUGGGGUUCGGAGUGGGACUGGCCUUUGCUGUGAUGGCGGCUGCGGCCUGCACGGUCUACUAUUUCGCCCUGAUGGCGGAGAACCGUCGGCGCGACAGCCUGCCAGAGAAGGGCUCGACGGCCGAAACCACCCACGAGUCGCAGGAUCUCGGCGAUGCGCACCCGGAUUUCCGGUAUCAGUUGUAG